UGCACCUCUGGAUGUGUCUGCACUCAAGGGCACACGGACACGUGCACAGGUGUGCACACAGCUCACCCACACACAUAAACACACGUGUGUGCACUGCUCCACUCACUGCUCACACCUGUGCACACAGCUCACACACACAGCUCACACACACAGCUCACACACACGUGUGUGCACUGUUACACUCACUGCUCACACUUGUGCACACAGCUCAAACACAGCUCACACACACAGGUGUGUGCACUGCUCCACUCACUGCUCACACCUGUGCACACACACUCAGGUACCCUCACUGCUCUCGUGUGCACACACACACAGCUCACACCCCCACGUACACACUGCACACACAGGGCUCACACCUGCACACACACCAAGCACACACACACACACCUGUGCACACACACUCAGGUAUCCCUCACUGCUCAUGUGUGCACACACACACCCCCAUGUACACACUGCACACACACACAGCUCACACCUGUGACUGCACACACACACACCUGCACACACACAGCUCACACCUGUGCACACACACAGCUCACACCUGUGCACACACACAGCUCACACUGCACACACACAGCUCACACCUGUGCCUGCACACCAAGCACACACACACCUGUGCACACACACUCAGGUACCCCCACUGCUCAUGUGUGCACACACACACACCCAUGUACACACUGCACACACACAGAGCUCACACUGCACACACACAGCUCACACCUGCACACACACACAGGGCUCACACCUGUGCCUGCACACAGCUCACACCUGCACACACACACACACCUGUGCACACACACACAGCUCACACCUGCACACACCCAGCUCACACCUGUGCACACACAGCUCACACCUGCACACACACACACAGCUCACACUGCACACACACACAGAGCUCACACCUGUGCACACACACAGCUCACACUGCACACACCCAGCUCACACUGCACACACCCAGCUCACACCUGUGCACACACACAGCUCACACUGCACACACACAGCUCACACCUGUGCACACACACAGCUCACACCUGUGCACACACCCAGCUCACACUGCACACAUACAGCUCACACCUGUGCACACACCCAGCUCACACUGCACACACAGAGCUCACACCUGUGCACACACCCAGCUCACACCUGCACACACCCAGCUCACACCUGCACACACACACAGCUCACACCUGUGCACACACCCAGCUCACACCUGUGCACACACCCAGCUCACACCUGCACACACACACCCAUGUACACACUGCACACACACAGCUCACACUGCACACACACAGCUCACACCUGUGCACACACACAGCUCACACUGCACACACACAGCUCACACCUGUGCACACACCCAGCUCACACUGCACACAUACAGCUCACACCUGUGCACACACCCAGCUCACACCUGCACACACACAGCUCACACCUGUGCACACACACAGCUCACACUGCACACACACAGCUCACACCUGUGCACACACACAGCUCACACUGCACACACACAGCUCACACCUGCACACACACACAGCUCACACCUGUGCACACACACAGCUCACACUGCACACACACAGCUCACACCUGUGCACACAUACAGCUCACACCUGUGCACACACACAGCUCACACCUGCACACACCCAGCUCACACCUGCACACACACACCCAUGUACACACUGCACACACACAGCUCACACUGCACACAUACAGCUCACACCUGUGCACACACAGAGCUCACACCUGUGCACACACACAGCUCACACUGCACACACAGAGCUCACACCUGUGCACACACACAGCUCACACCUGCACACACACAGCUCACACCUGUGCACACACACAGCUCACACUGCACACACACAGCUCACACCUGCACACACACACAGCUCACACCUGCACACACACACAGAGCUCACACUGCACACACACAGCUUACACCUGUGCCUGCACACCAAGCACACACACACCUGUGCACAUACACUCAGGUACCCCCACUGCUCAUGUGUGCACACACACACACCCAUGUACACACUGCACACACCCAGCUCACACCUCACACACAGGGCUCACACUGCACACACACAGAGCUCACACCUGCACACACACAGCUCACACUGCACACACAGAGCUCACACCUGCACACACACAGCUCACACCUGCACACACACACAGAGCUCACACCUGUGCCUGCACACAGCUCACACCUGCACACACACACAGGGCUCACACCUGCACACACCCAGCUCACACCUGCACACACACACAGGGCUCACACCUGCACACACACACACAGGGCUCACACCUGCACACACCCAGCUCACACCUGCACACACACACAGCUCACACCUGUGCACACACACAGAGCUCACACUGCACACACACACACAGCUCACACCUGCACACACACACAGGGCUCACACCUGCACACACAGAGCUCACACCUGCACACACACACACAGCUCACACCUGCACACACACACAGCUCACACCUGCACACACACACACAGCUCACACCUGCACACACACACAGGGCUCACACC